UUUGUAACAACAGACUCGACCAACUGCUCUUUGAGUGGGGCUAGAUCCGCCUGGUCUGGAGGGCCAUCUGUUUCAUGUGCUGACCGCUGACUGACAGAGCGCCAUGGACCCGUCAGAGUCAGGGGGGCCGGCGGCCGGUCUCGGCCCAGAACAGAGUCUCCAACCCGAGCUUUCUGCAGCGAUGCGGGCUAAAAUCGAGCGUAACCGGCAGCAGGCGCUGAUGCUCCGGCAGGCUCGACUCGCGCGCCGCCCGUCGUCCGCCGUGGAGGGGGCGACCUCGGCGAAGAUCUCCAAGACCAUCGACUCUGGUGCCGGCUUCUUCAUCGAGGAGGAGCAGGACGGAGAGGAAGAGCAGAGGACCAGGAAGGUUGUGCAUCAGCCAGCCCCUGUCAUCGAGGCAGACUACCUGCUGUGCGACGACUGUCAAAAACCCUUUAUGGACUCGUACCUCAGCAACAGAUUUGACCUGUCUGUCUGUGAUAAGUGCAGAGACAACGAGGAGAAGCACAAGCUGGUCUCCAGAACGGAGGCCAAGCAGCACUACCUGCUGAAGGACUGUGACCUGGACAAGAGGGAGCCUCCACUCAGGUGUAUACUGAAGAAAAACCCUCAUCACGCAACCUGGGGAGACAUGAAGCUUUACCUCAAAGUACAGGUGGAGAAGAGGUGUAUGGAGGUGUGGGGUUCAGAGGAGGCUCUGGAGGAGGCCAAAGAGACGAGGGAAGAGAACCGAGAGACGCAGAAACAAAAACGCUACAACAAGAAGGUCAAAGAGCUGCGCAGGGCAGUGAGGAGCAGUAUGUGGACCAAAGACACCAGCGUUCACCAACAUCAGUACGGAGCGGAGGAGGUGGUGGAUCUGGAGGAAGACCUCUACAAGAAAACCUGCACCACCUGCGGACAUGAACUCUCCUAUGAGAAGAUGUAGACGCUCGCUCACUAGCGCGCUCUCCAACACUGACUGGAGAAGAUAUGCGGUGCUUUUAUGGGGAAUCAUUCAUCUCGCAAACCCUCGAUGCCUCCAGCUCUAUUUUUCCUAGAUUUCUACUGGUAUUUAUCAAUAAAACACUCCAUCCUGGUGACGUACACGGGAACAAAAUCACUCGGACACUUACAGGCUGUCAGGUGUUUCUGUUUCAAACAGCCGUUACUGACCUCGACUUGAACUACUGUAUAGUUUAGCACAACUGCAUGUUGCUCCACUUCCCUCGUCUUUUUGUUGCAUGCAAAGGUUUCCUCUGGCAAUGGGCAAAUCAAGGAAGGCACAAUAUUGACACUUGAAAAUAGCACCUGGCCCGCUGCCGUUGAGAUUGCAGUGAGACGCGGAGAAAAUGUGAAGUGGUGCUCUUCGCAAUAGAACAUCUUUGAUGGGACGUGUCGCGUCUCGGCCAAUCAGCGUUCAGAUGUCGACAUCGUUUGGGGGUUCAGGUUAGCUUGAAUGUCAGCCCGCUACAUCUGCUGCUGUCACGCUGCACGGUGCAGCGAUACUAACAAAGUACACGUACGUUAAACACGAUGUGAUUUAGCAUAUUUUUAGUAUCGAUACUUCAUUAAGAGAGCGAUCAGAGCUCACGCGCUGCUCCGUGUCGAGCUGUCUGCGCACACUGCACUGCGCAGGGCUCACAGCGAGAGAAGUGGCGCAGCUGUAGAGACUUCGGCUUAAAAAAUAAAAAGAUGCCAGAACUGAAAUGUUUCAGUGUGUAAAGUUCUACUAACUCUACAGCUGCUCAUCCUGAUGAACUCUAUCAUCUGGUCAGAGACUAACUGCCUCAUAGUGUAUAAUCAAUGCUAUGAUGGAACCAUGUAGUUUCAUUAAUAUCUUGCUGUAUUAAUACUAAUAUUACUGCCAUGUGUUGAAAAAGUUGGUAAAAAGUGAUCCAUA